CUGUGAUUGGUUAGAAUGUUUUUCAGACUCGAGCCAAUGGGCGACUGACAGUCUCCUUUAAAUACUGGAACCAGCGACUCAUAAACAAUUUUCUACUUUUAUUUGAUUUGUUGAAAUUGUAUUUCGAACUUCACAAUGAGCGGCAGAGGUAAAACCGGCGGUAAAGCUCGUGCGAAGGCUAAAACUCGUUCAUCCAGGGCAGGACUGCAGUUCCCCGUCGGUCGUGUGCACAGACUGCUCCGCAAAGGAAACUACGCUGAGCGUGUUGGUGCCGGUGCUCCUGUUUAUCUGGCCGCUGUGCUCGAGUAUCUCACUGCCGAGAUCCUGGAGUUGGCCGGGAACGCUGCUCGGGACAACAAGAAGACUCGUAUUAUUCCCCGUCACCUGCAGCUGGCAGUGCGGAACGACGAGGAGUUGAACAAACUCUUGGGUGGGGUGACCAUCGCUCAGGGUGGUGUGCUGCCCAACAUUCAGGCUGUGCUGCUGCCCAAGAAGACCGAGAAACCCGGCAAGACCAAGUAAACGGACUCCAGUCUGUUUAAACCCAAAGGCUCUUUUAAGAGCCACACACUUGACCUAAUAAGUGACUUGUUCUUAUGUUUUAAUGCAAAAUAAAUAGUACAAUGGAUCGAAGGAAAACUACAUAUAAAAGUGGCACAACUCCGCAGAGAUAUAUGUAAAGAAAGACUACAAUAUUUGAGAAACAGAUCAUGUGCAGCCUUAAACACGUGAAAUCAAACGUGCAUGAAGCAACACAUGAUCAAUCAAGUGGUUUUUCAGUCGUUAAUUUUGGCUCUAAAGUACAGAUGGCAUUACUAAUCAAGCAGGUGUGUAAUGGUGGUUGUUCAUAAUCAAGCAUAUACAUUUUUAUUUUAUUUUAUUUAUUGUUUUUGACAUGUCUGCGUGCAAGUAAACUUAAUAAAAUAACUUGGUAAAGGAAAGAAUUAAUAAACUGACCUUUUGCCAUUCUGUGUGUAUAGUGUGAACCAUAUUUCUUCAUAUUAUUCUGACUAAACCCUGUUUUGGGGUGUGCAUAAACAUGUGUUUUGUGUGAAUAUAUAUAUAUAUAUAUACUCAGCAAAAAGAAAGGUCCUCUCAAUUUCAACUACUUUUAUUUUCAGUAAACUUAACAUGUGUAAAUAUUUGUAUGAACAUAAACAACAACUAAGACAUUAAUUGAACAAGUUUCACAGAAAUGGAAUAAUGUGUCCCUGAACAAAGGGGGUUCAAAAUCAAAAGUAACAGUCAGUAUCUGGUGUGGCCACCAGCUGCAUUAAGUACUGCAGCGCAUCUCCUCCUCAUGGAUUGCACCAGAUUGGCCAGUUCUUGCUGUGAGAUGUUGCCCCACUCUUCCACCAAGGCACUUGCAAGUUCCUGGACAUUUCUGGGAGGAAUGGCCCUAGCUCUCACCCUCCAAUCCAACAGGUCCCAGACAUGCUCAAUGGGAUUGAGAUCCGGGCUCUUCGCUGGCCAUGGCAGAACACUGACGUGUAAUGUUCAUUCUUUCGACGAUAAACGCAAGUCCGACCAUCACCCCUGGUGAGACAAAACCACGACUCGUCAGUGAAGAGCACUUUUUGCCAGUCCUGUCUGGUCCAGCGAAGGUGGGUUUGUGCCCAUAGGUGACGUUGUUGCCAGUGAUGUCUGGUAAGGACCUGCCUUACAACAGGCUUACAAGCUCUCAGUCCAGCCUCUCUCAGCCUAUUGCGGACAGUCUGAGCACUGAUGGAAGGAUUGUGAGUUCCUGGUGUAACUUGGGCAGUACUUUUUGCCAUCCUGUACCUGUCCCGCAGGUGUGAUAUUUGGAUGUACUGAUCCUGUGCAGGUGUUGUUACACGUGCUCUGCCACUGCGAGGAUGAUCAGCUGUCCUUCCUGUCUCCCUGUAGCGCUGUCUUAGGCAUCUCACAUUUCGGACAUUGCAAUUUAUUGCCCUGGCCACAUCUGCAGUAAGGCACGUUCACGCAGAUGAGCAGGGACUCUGGGCAUCUUUCUUUUGGUGUUUUACAGAGUCAGUAGAAAGGUCUGUUUAGUGUCCUAAGUUUUUAUAACUGUGACCUUAAUUGCCUACCUGUUGGUGUCUUAACGACUGUUCCACAUUUGCAUG